GCAUGCGCGUCGUGGCUGUCGGGGGCAACGCGGGAGCCAUGCUGACUUAACCCCAAAGCGAGGCCUCGGCGGGGGAGGGGUGGCUUCUUUUCCGCCCCCCCCCCGCCCGUCCCGAGGGGGCUCCGCGGGGGCUUCUCCUUUUUAUUUUCAAGGGAAGGGGGGGCAAGGACGCGCCCCCCCUUCAAGGAAUAUUUUGUGCCCCCCUUGGGAAGGCGGAAGGCGUCACGUGACGAAGGACAACCAAUCGGAGCGUGGUGACGUCGGCGGCUCGGGUGUCCCCGCCUGGCAACGGCGACUGCGGCGACGGCUGUUUCUCUCGGUUUUUCCCCCCUUGUCGGGCUUCUUAUUUUCCACACUGCAGAGGACCAAGUCGGGCUACUUCUUCGGAAUCGGCCGCGAUGGCGCGCUUUGGAUUAGGGCCUUUGGGCGGGCGCGCCUUCCACACUCCUGCUAGCCAAUGGGGAUCCUUGGGGAGGCCAAUGUGGGCUUGGUGGGACUGGCGGUGGAGUCCACACCGGGGAAGCGCAUCCGCAAGCCCUCGCUGCUGUACGAGGGCUUCGAGGGCCCCACCGUGGCCUCUGUCCCAACCCUCCAGCUGGCGUCCAACAACCCGCCCCCGCCGGAGGUCACCAACUGCAAGAAGCCCGGCAGGGUCACCAACCAGGUGCAGUACCUCCACAAGGUGGUGAUGAAAGCCCUCUGGAAGCACCAGUUCGCCUGGCCCUUCCGCCAGCCCGUGGAUGCCGUCAAGCUGGGCCUUCCGGACUAUCACAAGAUCAUCAAGCAGCCCAUGGACAUGGGGACCAUCAAGCGGCGGCUGGAGAACUGCUACUACUGGAGUUCGGCCGAGUGCAUGCAGGACUUCAACACCAUGUUUACCAACUGCUACAUCUACAACAAGCCCACAGAUGACAUUGUGCUGAUGGCCCAGACUCUGGAGAAGAUUUUCCUGCAGAAAGUAGCCCAGAUGCCCCAAGAGGAGCAAGAAAUUGUCGUCACGGUGGCCAAGAACAGCCACAAGAAGGGGGCUUCCCGCGCAGCAGCACUCCAAGCGGCGGCGGCCAACGCAGCUGCCCAUCAAGUCCCUGCCGUCUCUUCCGUGUCCCACACACAGCUGUUCCCCACAAGCACGGACAUUCCCACCACGAUCGUCAGCAUCCCCCACCCUUCCGUCAUCUCUGCGCCACUCCUCAAGCCCCUCCACUCCACGCCUCCCACCCAGCCGGUGCUCACAGUGCCUGCCCCCACCCAGCCCGUGGCCAAGAAAAAGGGUGUGAAGCGGAAAGCGGACACGACCACCCCGACCCCGACCGCCAUCAUCGCCACCAGCGGGGGAGAGUCCUCGCCUUCAGCCACCGUGCCGGAGGUAAAGGCGGCCAAGAUCCCUGCCCGUCGGGAAAGCGGACGCCCCAUCAAGCCCCCCCGCAAGGACCUCCCGGACUCCCAGCAGCACCAGACCUCCAAGCGAGGGAAGCUCUCGGAGCAGCUGAAAUACUGCAACGGCAUUCUGAAGGAGCUGGUGUCCAAGAAGUACGCGGCCUACGCCUGGCCCUUCUACAAGCCAGUGGACGCCUCGGCCCUGGGCCUCCACGACUACCAUGAGAUCAUCAAGCACCCCAUGGACCUCAGCACCAUCAAGCGCAAGAUGGAGAACCGGGAGUACCACGAUGCCCAGGAGUUUGCAUCCGAUGUGCGACUGAUGUUCUCCAACUGCUACAAGUACAACCCGCCUGACCAUGAUGUGGUGGCCAUGGCCCGCAAAUUGCAGGACGUCUUUGAGUUCAGCUACGCCAAGAUGCCAGAUGAACCCCUAGACAUGAAUCCUCCCUCCACGUCGCUCCCACAGCCAGGGCUCCUGAUGAAGUCUUCCUCAGAUGAGUCUUCUAGUGACGAAGGGGACGAGGACGAGGAGGAGGAAGAGGAGGAGGGUGACGAAGACGACAGCAGCAGCGAGACCUCUUCAGACAGCGAGGAGAGCUCCGACUCGGAAGAGGAGCGGGCGAACCGCCUGGCUGAGCUCCAGGAACAGCUGCGAGCCGUGCACGAGCAGCUGGCGGCCCUCUCCCAGGGGCCCGUCUCGAAGCCCAAGAAGAAGCGGGACAAGAAGGAGAAGAAGAAAAAGAAGAAGCUGGAGAAGCGCAAAGCCAAAGCGGGAGAGGAGGAGGCGCGGGCUCACCAGACCCAGCUCAAGAAGUCCAAGAAGGCCGGGGGAGGCACCAGUAGCAAGAACUCCAAGAAGGCCGCCUCAAAGGCCCUCCCCCUGCCCGUCCCCGUGCUGUACGACUCGGAAGAGGAGGAGGAGAGCAAGCCGAUGACCUACGACGAGAAGCGCCAGCUCAGCCUGGACAUCAACAAGCUGCCGGGGGAGAAGCUGGGCCGGGUGGUGCACAUCAUCCAGUCGCGGGAGCCUUCGCUGCGCGACUCCAACCCCGAGGAGAUCGAGAUUGACUUUGAGACCCUCAAGCCCUCCACCCUGCGGGAGCUGGAGCGCUACGUCCUCUCGUGCCUGCGCAAGAAGCCCCGCAAGCCCUACAGCGAGAGUGAGCGGCCGGGGGGAGGGGCAAAGGGGGGGGGGGGUUCCACGGGACAGAGACUCCCGGGCAACGAGACGUGCUUCAAUCUGGGGAUCCAGAUUUGAUUCCCUAGAAGUUCCCAUGAGCAGCUGUUCUGGUCAACUGAAUUUGUUUCCCCGUUCCUCCCUAUGAAGCCCGCAGGGUGACUUUGAGCCAGUCACGGUUCUCUCAGAACU